AUGGGCACUUUUGUAGCGGCCGAGUUCACCGGGCUGCAGUCUCCGAUGGUUUGCUCAUUAGAGGCAGCAGAAUCGGCGAUUCCUGAGGAGACCAACAUCAGGGCUCAACGUCAAGCCCUCACAAGACAUUGCCCUAAAUCCGAUCAAGGGGCUGUUGCAGAUGGCGGCCGACAUGCCUCAGAACAAGACAGCUUGUCUUUGAGCUAUGGCAGAAAUCUGGUAGCCUCAAUAGCCCGGAUCAUAGACGGUGCUACGGAGAGCGAGUUCGAGAUUUAUUUGGAGAAGGAAUUUUUUCGUGCUUUCCGAGGUUGCAAAAGGACAGAGGUUCGUAUCCUACAAACUAGCACUAUUCUACGUUGCUUGCACGGGUAG